AGAGGUUGAUAUGUAAAUAUCCAACAUGGCGGCCCACAUAGAUGACAUGUUUUCUCGCUGCGUGGAUCCUGCCAAAGCUAGUAAUUGCGUGGAGGUCCGAUUUAUCGAUAAUGUCAAGGGCAAAGGAUUGUUCGCCAAAAGAUCGUUCAAAAAGGGUGACACUAUUUUCAUUGAGAAGCCUCUAGUCUCAUCUCAGUUCUUGUGGAAUGCCGUGUACAAAUACAGAGCAUGUGAGCACUGUCUGCGUGCUCUGGAGACAGCGGAGGAGAAUGCCAGGAGGUUGAGUGGUCUUCCCGCUCUGAGUCUGCCUCACCCUGAGCUGUGUAAGGUGCGACCUGACCGACACCAGGCCUGCCCACACUGUCAGGUGAUGUACUGCGGUACUGAGUGCCGACAGGCUGCGUGGGAGCAAUACCACAAGGUCCUGUGUCUUGGCCCUUCACAUGAUGAUCCGGAUCACCCAAUCAACAAGCUGAAGGACGCAUGGAAGAGCGUGCACUACCCUCCUGAAACCUCCAGUAUCAUGAUCAUGGCAAGGAUGGUGGCCACCAUCAAGCAGGCUCAAGAUAAGGGACGCUGGCAGAGGUUGUUCAAUCAUUUUUGUAGUCGUACAGCAAAUGAAGAGGAGGAAAUAGUUCAUAAAUUGUUGGGUGAGAAGUUUCAGGGACAGCUGGCCUUGCUGCGUAAUUUGUUUUCCACAGCACUGUACGAAGAUCGUCUCAGUCAGUGGUUCUCUCCAGAAGGAUUUCGCUCUCUGUUUUCGCUCGUUGGGACCAACGGUCAGGGUAUUGGCACCAGCUCUCUGAGUCAGUGGGUUCAUGCGUGCGACGCACUGGAGCUUCCCAGCCAGCAGAGGGAGCAACUGGAUGCUUUUAUCGAUCAGUUGUACAAGGACAUCGACAAAGAAACCGGUGAUUUCCUCAACUGCGAAGGCUCUGGACUUUUCCUGCUGCAAAGCUCUUGUAAUCACAGCUGCGUUCCCAAUGCGGAGGCGUCUUUCCCCGACAACAACUUCCUCCUUCACCUCGGCGCCCUCGGUGACAUCAGCCCCGGAGAGGAAAUCUGUAUCAGCUACCUGGACUGCUGCCAAAGAGACAGGAGUCGUCAUAGCCGGCACAAGAUAUUGAGGGAGAAUUAUUUAUUCAUCUGUUCCUGUCAGAAAUGCAUGUCCCAGAUGGAUGAUGCAGAUAUGACAUCAGAGGAUGAGGAGGAAGUGGAAGGAGAAUGCGAAACGGAGGGAGACGAUUUGGAGGAUGAAAUGACAGAUGUGUGAUUUUCACUCAGGUUUCUCGACCCACCCGAACCACUUCACUUGUUUGUUUGUGGACCUAAUCCAUGUGAUCCCGAAACCCUCCACAGGGCAUAAUAUCUACAGCAGUUGAGAAACCAACAUCACACUCACAGUAGCAGUACAGCUGUAACCUGAAUCAAAGCCUAUGCAAAAAUAUAAGCGCAGUAUUUUUAUCAUGUGCUUUUUUGUCUUGAUUUCUACCAUUAAAUGUCUCAUAUAAUCCAAGAUUUAUUAUGUUUAAUAAGUCACUCAAGACACUGGUUUCAUAUGCAGGAUUUAAAUUUAAUUGGGUAAACUGAUUUAGUUUUUGGAAAUGUUUAAGACACAAGUAGACACACACACACAUGAAACUGUGACCACGCAUGAAUAAUGAUCAGCACUUAUGGGUUAUAUGAUGACCAUCCAAAAGAAUGUGGUUUUUCCAUUUAAUCACAUCUAAGAAAAACUGUAAAGUCAUCAGAUAAAGUGGAUGGUGACCAGCUUCAUGUUAUACUUUAAAGUGACUUAAGUCAGACAAAAUUUAAAUACACACUACUUGGUCUUUUUUUCACUCUUUCUUACAAAAGAAAAAACUUUUUUUUUCCUUUUACAAUCUUAUGUUUGUAAAGAUUAGAUCAACACCUUGAAAUGGCUUUUCUGUAAAUGUACAUGAGGCUACGGCAGUAAUUAGAGUAGUUAAAUGCAAUAAGAAGCUCUUGAGUGUGGGUGUCA